GUCCCGCCUUCGCCCCUCUCCUCCUACCUCCCCCCCCCCCGCCGGCCUCGGGAGCAAGAGACACCGAGAUGUCGGUUCACAAUGAUGUGAUGGGGACGGCCGAGGACCUCGCCGACCAGUUUUUACGUGUGACCAAACGUUUUCUGCCUCAUGUUGCACACUUAUGUCUGAUCAGCACAUUCUUGGAAGAUGGCAUUCGCAUGUGGUUCCAAUGGAAUGAACAGUGUGACUAUAUCAACAUGGUCUGGCAUUGUGGGAACUUCCUUGCCACCAUGUUUGUUUUGCUUAAUAUGGUCGGGCAGCUAGGUGGUUGCAUCCUAGUGCUGAGUCGGAAAUUUGUGCCUUAUGCUUGCUGUGGUUUAUUUGUACUCAUUGCUAUGCAGACUAUUGCUUAUAGUAUUCUCUGGGACCUGAAAUUCCUUAUGAGGAACCUUGCACUGGGAGGUGGCUUACUGCUGCUGCUGGCUGAGUCCCGAUCUGAAGGGAAAACCAUGUUCGCAGGUGUCCCUAGCAUGGGCACUAACUCCCCACGGCAGUACAUGCAGUUGGGAGGCCGUGUUCUGCUUGUCUUAAUGUUUAUGACUUUGUUGCAUUUCUCCAUGAAUGCGCUUAUGAUUCUUCAAGAUAUUGUUGGCACUACUUUGAUAAUCCUUGUGGCGAUUGGCUUCAAGACUAAGUUAGCUGCUCUCACACUGGUCAUUUGGCUCUUUGCAUUGAAUCUGAUUCAGAAUCCAUUUUGGAGAAUCCCGGUUUAUAAGCCCAUGCAUGACUUCUUAAAGUAUGACUUUUUCCAAACCAUGUCUGUGAUUGGUGGCCUUCUGUUAGUUGUAGCACUGGGACCUGGUGGAGUCUCGAUGGAUGAACAUAAGAAGAAGUGGUAAAGAGGUUCUUCGGAAGAGAAAUAAAUAUAUAUAUAUUUGUGUAAUUUUUUAAUUAUUUUUACUACAGUAUCAGUUCUUUCUGUCUGAAUCUGAAUUGUUAUUUUCCUAUAGGAUUUCCUUCAUGUGAUACAUAAAUUAAAAAAACACACACAUCAGUCUUAGUGUUUUGCUUUUCCUCCCAGUAUUUAAAUAUUAGGUGAUGUUAAAAUUAGUGCCAGAAUUUACCAGGCAGUCAUUUCAGGUACAAUAUUUCUUUACAGCACCUUUUGGUACUUGUUCAAAGAUGGGGAGUAUUUCUUCUCUUUACUGGGCUUUGAUGUUUCAGACAAUCUAUUUAAUCAAUUUCUGUGUGCAGGCUUACUUAAGAAGUUGGAUUAUUCUGAGGUUUGAUGGUGAAAUGAAUGGUGAGAGUGCCAUACCUUGAUUCAAAUGUAAAAUAGUAUGUAGCUAUUAAACAUUCCUUUAACCUUGGACCAUUCCAACUUGUAUCAUGAAUAAAACAAAAUACCUUUGAAAAAUUGGACCAGCUCAUUUUGAUAUCCUCUUAAAUGGUGUAAUGAGUGGAAUUUUCAAAUUUUGUAAACCUACAGGUAUCAUACUACAACUGCCUUGCUACAAACUGAAGUGCCUUGCACAGCAAUAUUUUAAUGUGUUACAUUUCAAGUUUAAUUGUUCUUGUACAGGCAGCAACUUUGAAACUAUACCAGUGUACCAUUCCUCACCUAACCUGAAACAAUAACUUGAAAAAAGUGAGUUUUUAAUCAUUAUUUUUCAAAAUUACUUCUCUGCUUGACCAAAACAAAGGUGCACCCAAUACUUGUACACUGUCUGGCUCAAUGAGCAGUCAAGAACUCUAUUAAAGUUAGUACAGUUCGUAGUAUAAUAUUUUGACAUAUAAUCCUGGACAUUCAAAUGCCAGAGUUGUUGACAAUGUCUUGCUUGUUGUUAUUAGAUCAUUAACAAUUGUGGGCCUCAGUUGUCCAUGUGUUUGGUGUCACUGAAUUGUUUUACUAGUUAAAUUUUUGAAGCUGAAAGUUUGGAUUGAUUUUUUUCUGCCAAGUAUUACCCUGAACUUUAAAUGGCAACUGCUAUUGUAUUGCCUGGUUCGAAUUCUAAGGUUAAUUCCCCCCUAUUUGGACCCCCUCCCCAGAAGAAACAGUGAAUAGUUUACCUCUUCCUUAAGUUGGUCUGAAAGUGCCCAUGUUCUGCAUCAGUAUAAAUGGAAUUAUUCAUUUUGGAGAGAAAUUAACCUUUUUGCCCACUUUUUUUUAGAAGAGGCUAUGUGCUAUUGACUGUCAGGCAAUUUAUUUUUGAGUGAGGAUGGUUAAGAAAAAGAAAUUGACAGCCAGAUCUUCUCCAGUAACCAUUGGGGUUGUCAUUAUUGGCCUUCUCGUUGGAGUUAAAUUGUUUCAAGAUCCUGAACGGAAUGAGAGAAAGCUCCAGAUAACACGUGUAAAAUCAAAGUUGCAAUCCUUCCAAAAACUUGACAGUUUUCUUUUUAAAGCUGCUUUCAACCCUGCAGUAACUUUUUCCACUGAUACCUCGGGUACGUAAAUUGCCAAAAAAAACUGUUACAAACAUAACAACCAUUUUAUAAAUAAAUUUUGUGUUUCCUACAAAAAUGUCUUAAAUUUACGGCAGUAAAUGCAGGCAAUGCUGAUUUUUUUUUUGAAUGUCUUGACAUUGUGGUUGUAUUUGCAGUUCUGCUGAAGACUCAUUAAAUGCAUUGAAAAAUUA